AAGGAGGAAAUAACAUGUACACGCCUGAUUCUGCAGAAGGUUGUUUUGUUUCAUCUCUGCGUAACACCGGUGGUCCUUAACAAGAGACGAAAGCUAGUUAUGCACGGAUAAUUAUUUGUUUGUCAGCUGACAGGAUAUUUCUGAAAACUUGGACGAAGCUGCAGGAUGGCUCAGUGGGAAAGACUAAGGAAUCUGUGUGAUGGCAAACAGCAGCUCCAUGAGCUCUAUGACAGUGAUGCUUUUCCCAUGGAUGUACGGCACUAUUUAUCAGCUUGGAUAGAGAAGCAGGAGUGGCAGCGAGCAGCACGGGACCAUGCCCUGGCAAUGGUGCUGUUUCAGAUCCUGCUGGAGAAUCUGGAUAUUCAACACAGUCGCUUCGUCCAGGAGGAGUCUUUUUUGCUGCAACACAACAUAAGACGUUAUAAACAAAACUUUCAGGAGAAGUAUCAGGAUGACCCCUGUGCAUUGGCAAGCACAAUCCAGUGUUAUUUGAACAAAGAGAAAGAAAUUCUGGAUGAUGAAGAAAUGAGUGGAAAGGUCCAACAUCUGCGAGUGGAACAGGAACCCAUGGACAUGAGCAGUCAACAGGAUCUCGAUCGUAAAAUAACAAGCCUCAGGAAUGAAAUGCAGCGUAUGGAGCACACAAUGAUCUGUCUGGAGGAGCAGCAGGAUGAGUUUGAUUUUAAAUAUCAAAUUCACAAGUUGGAGGCUGUGGCUGACGAGGCCCUGAAGAAAGAUCAAGUCAAAGUCCUCCAACAGCUUCUCACCAAACUAAACAACAACAAAAAAAGCACAUUGUCAGAGCUGAAGAAGCUUCUGGAUCGCAUUGAGGAGCUGAUCAGCCUGCUGGUGAACCGGGAGUUGACAGAUUGGCAGAGGAGGCAGCAGAAAUCCUGCAUCGGCGCUCCAGACAGCAUCUGCCUGGACCAGCUGGAGAAAUGGUUCACCUGUGUGGCAGUGUGUCUGUUUCAGGUGCGAGAGUUUUUCAGUAAGCUGGAGGAGCUGGUAGAAAAAGUGUCCUAUGACAACGAGCCUGUGAAAGUGCAAAAGCCCGCUCUGGAGAGGAGGGCUGACCAGCUUUUAAAAGACUUGCUCCAAAGCUCCUUUGUGGUUGAAAGUCAACCCUCGAUGCCUCCGGCCAAAGGGCCGUUGGUUCUCCGGACAAAUCUCCAGUUUUCUGUCAAGACCAGACUUCUGGUGAAGUUUCCCGAGCUCAAUCACUCCAUGAAAGUGGAUGUAUCGAUGGACAGGGAGGCUCCACGAGUCAAAGGAUAUCGGCGCUUUAAUGUCCUGGGAUCUACAUCCAAAGCCUUGAACAUGGCAGAGAGCCACAGCGGAGGCAUGGUGGCAGACUUCAGACAUCUGACUCUAAAGGAGCAGAAAUCCGGAGUUAGUGGGAAAGUCAUCAGUGACAUUUCUCUCAGUGUAACUGAGGAGCUCCACCUCAUCUACUUCAACACCGUUUUUGAGCUGAAGGGCUUUUCGGUUGAGCUGCAGGCCUCGUCUCUCCCAGUGGUCAUCAUUUCAAACUCCAGCCAGCAGCAAAGUGCCGGGGCAUCUGUGCUCUGGUUCAACAUGCUGAGUCAGAACCCCAAGGAUGUUUUGUUCUUCGCAAACACUCCCGCCGCCCCAUGGCCUCAGUUUGGAGAAAUGUUAAGCUGGCAGUUUCUAUCGGCCACUAAACGUGGCCUCGAUGCUGCUCACCUGGAGAUGAUCGCACACAGGCUCUUUGGGAAGCAGUCCAACUAUGACACCUGCAAAGUGUCAUGGUCAAAAUUCAACAAGGAAAGUGCUCCAGACACUUUCUAUGUGUGGUUCGACGGCAUCUUAGUUUUGGUGAAAACGUUCCUGGAAGACCUGUGGAGGGAAGGCCUCAUCAUGGGUUUCGUGAGCAAAGGCAAAGAAAAGUCCCUCCUGAAGAAACAACAAAGAGGAACAUUUUUGUUGCGCUUCAGUGAGAGUGUCAUUGGAGGAAUCACCUUUUCAUGGGUGGAAAUCACCAUCACUGGUGAGCCAGACGUGAAGACAGUCCAGCCCUUCACCAAAGUCGAUCUCUCACAAAUUCCCUUCCACGAAAUCAUCAGGAACUUCCAGAUCUUAGAAGCUGAUAAUGUCCCGGAAAACCCUCUGCUUUACCUGUACCCAAACACUCCUAAAGAUGAGGCUUUUGGAAAAUACUACACAGAAAAGACUGGAGCUGACAGUCCUUACUUAAAAUACAUCAAAACCAAGCUGAUGUUUGUUUCAAAGGAGAACACAUUGGAGGCUUGGUCACCCAUGUCCACUGACAUGACACAGGGUGAAGGCCUGGAGCCAGAGAAUGGCCCGUGUGGAGAGGCAGCUGAUCAAAAUGGACUUCCCGAUCCUCUGGAAGCACCAGCGGAGACUUAUCUCCUUGACCCCAUGCUGAGCGGCUCCCCCCAAGAAGACGAGUUACUGGCGUUCAUAGAGAACCCUCUCCUCUUCGAUGGCACUGACAUAUUGCAAGAUUUCAACAAUGGAACAGGAUGGAACUUCCUGCAGCAGCCACCCUGUGGGACUCAUUUCCCAUCUGAAUAUUCUGUGAAUAUAUGACCAAACCACAGUACAGCAUAGCUUCAUUCUGAGCGACUUUACUUCAUCAAAGUAGAUGUUACUAUUGUGUACAUAGCAAAUUUAGUACUACCACGAUACUUGGCUUUUAAUUCUGUUGUCCUCUGCAGUAGAGUAGUAGAAAAAAAUGAUCAAACAUAUUGUCACAACAUUCAUCAGUUCACAUAUGUGUUUUCAUCUUUCAGUCACGAGAUUUUUCAUUCAUAUUGACACAAAUAAGUAGUUUAGACUUUCGGAUAUAUGUCGUUUUUGUUGUUUUAUUGCAGUUUCAGACCUUAGUUUAACAUCACACACGUGGUACAAUGAUGUCAGAUUUGUUCAGCACAUUACAUAGACUGAACAUAAAUGCAUAAGACUCCGUCAUUACUUUCCCCAGCUAUUCAGUUGUACAGAACUUCUGCUGUCUUCAUCGUGUACUUUUGUACUCAUGGAAUCAAACUUAAAUGGGGACAUAACAGAUUGUACAUUUUGCCCAUUGACAAUAAAGUUUUUGAUGUUGGUAAUAUAAAUGCAGGUAAUAUUAGGUCAUUAACUUUACACAGUGUCAAUGUGUUUCACUUUACUGUAUAUAACUUGAUUGGUGUGCUUUAGUUGAAUUAAAAAAAUGGAAUAAUUUGA